AUUGCCUCGCGGCGACGUCGACAAUGACCGCUGCGGCCGCCGGCGCCGACGCCGGGCAUGUCAUGCACAUCGCGAGGCCAUUGCCCCUCCCACUCCCCCGGCAACACUAAACCCGAGUCCGCCGUCCCACCACGCCCACCGUCGCCAUCGCCAUCGCCAUCGCCGUUGCCUCGCCGCCCACCCACUGCGCGCCCGAAAUGCCGCACGUCAAAAGCCUCAUGCCGCGCCGUGCCGGCCGGCACGAUCGAUCGUCUCGAUCUCGAUCUCGUUCUCGUCGGCGAAUCGCCAGGCCGCCAGGCCGCCAGGCCGCCCGACGCCCGAGUUCCGAUCCUCGCUUCGCCGCGACGCGGGGACAUAUAAGCACUCCGCCCGCAGCCAGCGGCCAGCGACACUUACACGUCCCCUCGUCCCCACCUCCCCACGUCCCUCCCAACUCCAGCAUGCGCCUCCUCCUCGUCUUUUCGCUCGCGUCCCUCGCACUCGCGCAUAACGGCGUGGACCACUCGAAGGACAAUUCGACGCACAGCAUGAGCGCGGGCUCCGCGGCGCCCGUCGCGUCCGCGCCGGUCGCGUCGGGAAGCGCGGCCUCGGGAUCCGCCGCCGCCGCCGCGCCAGCCACCACGUCGUCGGGCGCGGAGCGCGCCGUCGUGGGCGUCGCGGCGCUCGUCGUCGCGGCCGUGGGUGCGGCGUUGUAAUCAGCGAUCUGUAGAUGUGAGAUGUAGACGUUGAGGCUCUGCAGAAUCGUGCCAUGUACCGCCCACACAAUCGUGUUGUCUCGUCCUAGAUCGCGCAAUUCGUCCUGCCCGAGUACGAUGCGGCGCGUUGCGCUCGCAGGAGUUCCCGACGGAGUGAAUGAAGAGUGGGG